AUGACUAGUAAAUCCCAAUUUGAACCUGGCCAUCAGGUCCCGGUCCACCACCAGGAGAAGCCGGGAUAUCAGCAUCAAAUUCCCGAUCCUAAACCAGUUUCGGACCAACUUCCUACAGAUGACGGAGGAUAUCAACUGUACAAAGCAGCCGGCAAGCUGCAGGGCAAGCGUGCCGUGAUCACUGGAGGUGACUCCGGAAUUGGAAGAGCAGUUGCUAUCCUAUACGCCAUGGAAGGAGCCUCAAGCUUAAUCGUCUAUCUACCCGCUGAAGAGAAGGAUGCACAGGAAACGAAACGGAAGGUCGAGGAAUAUGGAGCUAAAUGCGUCCUUUUCCCAACAGAUCUUCGGAAGAAAGAAAACUGCAAAGCAAUCAUUGACAAAGCCGUGAAGGAGCUUGGUGGCCUCGAUAUUUUGGUGAACAACGCGGCUUUCCAGAACAUGGUCCCAGAUAUUGGAGAUCUUUCAGAGGAGCAAUGGGAGAAUACAUUCAAUACCAAUAUUCACCCUUUCUUUUAUCUGUCCAAAUAUGCACUGCCUCAUCUUAGAAGAGGCUCAACCAUCAUCAAUUGCUCAUCAGUGAAUCACUACAUCGGAAGAGGCGACCUGUUGGAUUACACAUCCACCAAGGGGGCCAUUGUCGCGUUCACAAGGGCAUUGUCGAACCAGCAAAUAAGCAAGGGCAUCAGAGUCAACUGCGUUUGCCCUGGUCCGAUAUGGACGCCCCUGAUCCCCUCGACUAUGCUGACGGAAGCCAUGGAACAGUUCAGUGGUGUUCCUAUGGGCCGUCCUGGCCAGCCAAGCGAAGUUGCGACUUGUUUCGUAUUCCUGGCGAGCGCCGAUAGCAGCUAUAUCUCUGGACAGUCUUUACACCCUAACGGAGGUGUAGUUGUUGGUAGCUAG